AUGUGUUCCAUAAUGCAGGUUAGCUCACAUGAAUUAAAUAAUUUACUCAAAAACGAAGUACAAUCAUCAAACGACCAAUCACCACAAUUACAACAACAACAACAACAACAACAGCAAACCAAUCAACACCACCGUCUACAACUACUAGCCCAAGCUGUUGAAAAAAUUGAGAAUGAUUGUUCAAAAACACAAAAAUCAAUCAUAAAUGGCGGAAUAAAUAAAAAAGAUGAAACUAAAAAACUAAGCAAAAACUAUCAUCAAAAAUUAACACUUGGUGAUAUACCAACUGAAACAAAAAAAAUGUCAUCAUCACCAACAUCACAUAAUCAAGUUCAACAACAUGUUGCUGCUCAAUUAGCUGCUUUGUAUACAGCAGCCACAUCUGCAUCAAAUGGAAAUGAAAUGACGCAAACGCAACAAGAUGUUUUCCUAAAACUAAUCGCACAACAAAACGCACAAGCAACAGCUGUAGCUGCUGUGAUUGCUGCUGCUGCUGCUCUACAACAAAAACAAAAAUAUGAACCGACAAAUCACCAAGCUUUAUCACCACCAUCAACUAGCGCUUCUUCGCCAUCGCCACCGAAUCCGAAUAAUCAAAUUGAUAGCCCACUUGAUUUUUCAUCUCGUCGAACAAAUAGCUUGGACGAUGAUGAUAAUAUGAGUGCUGAAGAUGGUGAUAAUGAAGGGAGUGAAAUAUCGUCAGAAUAUCAUCAAGAUCCACUGCCAGUUGCAGCCAAUAAUUCACCGUCUCCGCCAGUAUUGGAAACAGGAGGAUCUAUGUAUGAUAAAUUGUUACUAUCGAACAUGAUCAAAACAGUAUCAACCCCACCAACUACUCCCACUUCAUCAACUUCCACAGCAUCCGUUUCCAAUUCUACAGCGUUUCCAUUUAUGAUGACAAAUAAAAAUGGAAAACCCACACGUCCUUUUAAAGCGUAUCCACGAGAUCCUUUGAUGCUACCAUUAGGCUACUGUUCUCCGUUACUUCAAACGUCAGAGCAUACCAAUAACGUUUUAAACAUGCUCGCACAAGCCCAACAAAUGCAACAACAGCAGCAACAGCAACAACAAAUGCCUGCCUCCACCACUCCAAAUGAUCUAAAAUCACUGACACCCACUCAGAAUCAUCGUCAAUAUCGUAAACGUUUACAACAGACACAUGACCGUUUUCAGCAGCGUUUAAAUGUAACACAAUUGAAAAAUUUAGUUGUUGAUCACCAACAACAACCUUCUCAACCACCUAGUUCACCCACACAACUUCCACCUAAAAAACGUCAUCGUUCACAUGCAUUGACAAUUGAUGAUAAUAACAAUACGAAUAAUAUCAGUUGCAAUAAUGAUCACCUAAUAAAUACUUUUCAAUCACAAUCUUCACAAGAUUCCGAUCAAAAUGCCAUUAAAGAUGAAGCCUAUUGGGAAAGAAGAAGAAAAAAUAAUGAGGCAGCAAAACGAAGUAGAGAUGCACGACGAGCAAAGGAAGAUGAAAUUGCUAUCAGAGCUGCAUUGUUAGAACAAGAAAAUUUAAAACUACGUGUGGAAGUGGCCCAAUUAAAACAGGAAACAGCAAAACUUAAAUGUCUGUUAUACAAUAGUUAA